UUCGAAACACGAAUUUGUUUGGUCGUUGUUUCAUCGAACGGAUAAAAAUUGCGCGGGUGAAAAAAAAAAAAUAAGUUAAAAAUAAAAUUUUUCUACCCUUGUUUGUUUUCCUUUUUGACCGAGACCAAAUUCGUUAAAAAAAACUGUGUGUUUUUUUUAAAAACAAACUAUAAAAGGUUUUUGAACAUAAUUUUUCAAAAGAUACAAGUCCUUUUUAGUUAAAAAAAAAACGCCUACGUUUCAUUAAAACAUAAAAAUCCUUAACCGGAAAACAAUCGAACGUGAAAGAAAAAAAAAUUCUUUGGUGGAAAAAAAGGUUUUGAAGUAUUUUAUCUUUUAGAUACGAGAAAAGUGAAAGUUAAACAGCAAUUUUUUUUUCUCAAAAUCUCUCAUAAAAACUGAUGAAUUUCUAUGAGAUGAUGUUAAAAUUUGAAGGAUUAAUUUUAUGUUGGACAUUGAUUUGUGCAGUUUUAUCAAUAAUCUGUGUUUCUUAUGCCUCUGCUGGACCAGGAUUUGGCAAUGAUGUUUUUACUAGCUCAUUUUUAGUCAGAUUUCGACGAAGUGUUAAAAGUGAUUUGGCACAUCAAAUUGCCGAUCAAUAUGGAUUUGAUAAUUUAGGCCCGUUGGUCGGAGGAAACGGUCAUGAGUAUCACUUUAAGCACCGAACUUUACCACAUGCAAGGUCUCGUCGGAGUAUAGCACAUUCGAGAAUAUUGAAGAGUCAUCCUUUGAUUCACAAUGCUAUACAACAGCCGGGCUUUAUACGAGUAAAACGUGGAUUACGUCCUGCUAUUCCAGCUAUACAUGGACUACCGUUUGCUUCAAUAAAUGGCGUCCCUAGUACACAGGGAGUCGAACCAACAGAUCCGUAUUUCCCAUUUCAAUGGUAUUUAAAGAAUACUGGACAGAAUGGAGGCAAAGUGCGUCUUGACCUGAAUGUUCAAGCAGCAUGGGACCAAGGAAUAACUGGCAAAAAUGUCACAACUGCCAUUAUGGAUGACGGAGUCGACUAUAUGCAUCCUGAUUUGAAGUACAAUUAUAAUGCAGAAGCCAGUUACGACUUCAGUAGUAACGACCCAUUUCCAUAUCCUCGAUAUACCGAUGAUUGGUUCAACAGUCAUGGAACACGAUGUGCUGGAGAAGUUGCUGCCGCACGUGAUAAUGGCAUAUGCGGUGUAGGAGUUGCUUAUGAUAGUAAAAUUGCGGGGAUAAGAAUGUUGGAUCAACCUUACAUGACAGACUUAAUUGAGGCCAAUUCUAUGGGACAUGAACCCCACAAAAUUCAUAUAUACAGUGCGUCUUGGGGUCCAACGGACGAUGGCAAGACUGUUGAUGGGCCACGUAAUGCCACAAUGAGGGCCAUUGUCCAGGGUGUUAAUGAGGGACGAAAUGGUCUAGGAAAUAUUUAUGUUUGGGCUUCGGGUGAUGGUGGCGAAGAGGACGAUUGUAAUUGCGACGGAUAUGCUGCUUCAAUGUGGACCAUUUCUAUAAACAGUGCCAUAAAUGAUGGCCAAAAUGCUCAUUAUGAUGAAAGCUGUUCUUCCACGUUGGCUAGUACUUUUAGUAAUGGUGCAAAGGAUCCAAAUACUGGAGUUGCAACAACGGAUUUGUAUGGCAAAUGCACAACAACGCAUUCGGGUACAAGUGCUGCAGCACCUGAGGCAGCUGGAGUGUUUGCGUUAGCUUUGGAAGCAAAUCCAAGUUUAACGUGGCGUGAUAUACAGCACUUGACUGUAUUGACUUCGAAAAGGAAUUCCCUUUUCGAUGCAAAGAAUCGUUUCCAUUGGACAAUGAAUGGAGUUGGACUGGAGUUUAAUCACCUUUUUGGUUUCGGAGUUCUUGAUGCUGGAGCAAUGGUUACUUUAGCGAAACAAUGGAGAACUGUACCGCCACGAUAUCAUUGUGAAGCUGGUGCUGUUUCUGAGCCACAUCAAAUAGCAGCUGGAAAAUCCUUAUUCCUUGAAAUAAAAACAGAUGCAUGCAAAGGUACUGAUACCGAAGUUAAUUAUUUGGAACAUGUUCAAGCUGUUAUAACAGCUAAUGCUUCGAGACGAGGUGAUUUGGAAUUGUUUUUGACAUCGCCCAUGGGAACGAGCAGAUCAAUGAUUUUAUCGAGACGAGCUAAUGACGAUGAUCAUCGAGAUGGAUUUACUAAAUGGCCAUUUAUGACAACACAUACGUGGGGGGAGUAUCCACAUGGAACGUGGAAGUUAGAGGCUCGUUUCAAUUCACAACAACCCCGUUCCGGAUGGAUUAAAGAAUGGUCCUUAGUUUUGCAUGGUACAAAGGAGCCACCCUAUAGAUCUCUAUCACCGGCUUCACCUCACUCAAAAUUGGCCAUUGUCAAAAAAGCUCAUGAAGAAAAGAAAAUGCAUUAAGAUCAAAAUAAAAAAAUUAUAAAAACAAAGUGCAAUCAGUGCAAUCCAAGGAAGGAUGUAGACAGGCUGUGGUUUCAUGAAUUUGGAACCUAAAAAUAAUUAAUUUAUAUUAAUUUUGAUUUUAAGAACAAAAAUUAUUUUUAAAUCUUAUUUAAUGAUUGAAAGAGAAAGAAAAUUUUAAAAAAUGUUCUGUUUUAACCAAAAUAUAUAUAAGUUACAUAAAGAAGAAUCCUAAGUGAAAAAAAAAACAAAAAAAUUAAUUUAUAUAAUUAGAGGUUAAACUCA